GAUAUCUUCAUUAGUCUAGAAACGCUUGAGUUACAAGUAAAACAAGCUGAGAGUUGUUUGUAAUUUGUUCUAUGGAAAUGUCAUCACAUAUACAAUGUACUUUGGCUCGAUAUACUGACUUCCCCGAUGGAGUAUUUAUAUAGCCAUUAGCAUCAAACGUUGUACAACAAAUUGUGUCUGUUACUAAGUUGUGAGCCUUCAGACUUCUGACUAGUGGUCGGCAAGCGCUGUUCUCCAUCCCUUACAGACAGUGGGAUCACACCGUAACGAAUGUAUCAACUUUAUCGAGGGAAUUGGAUAGUUGAAAAUGACUCGCAUGACUACGUUCGCGUUGGUGUUAAACAGGCUUGCGGGCUUCUGAAAAGGACAACAAGCAGAGAAGGUUUACAUUAUUCCACAAGCAGAGGUGUUCUGGCUUGUGGGCUUGGGAUGACAGUCGACACUUACCCUUGUUAAUGCAUCCUGUCGCCACAGGAAUUUAAAGCAUGUGUGGAAUCGCAUAGGGGAGAUAAUAGGGAAGAAAAAAUACAUCCGUGUUAUUUUGUAAUAUUCUGGAUAAAGUUAUUUAUAGGUGUGUAUGAUACAGGUGCGGUAUUUGACAUACUUCCGUACGUUUUACUCUAUGCAUACCUGUUGAUAGACUGGAUUACUCGAGUCAGCUGUUUAAAGGAGUGAGAUAAGUACACACACACCGCUGACGUUAGCCAGUUAGUUGUUGGUGGAUAAAUUCAGUUAUGGGUACAAACUCCAGCAAGGAGGCUAAAAAGUCAAAGGAAAAGAGUCAUGGAGAUAAAAAAUCAACAGCCUUGGAUAAACAGAAAAAGGAAAAUGCCAAAUUACUGGCACAGCGUAUGGAAUCAGUGACGUCACAAGAUGAACCAGAUUCUGUUACCAUUGAAGACAGCGUUCCCGUGGAUGAGUACGAUGGGUUGGGCGAUUACAUUUUCCCGUUUGAGAACCUUGUUUUUGAAGGCGGUGGGGCUGAAGGAGCCGGAUUUUGCGGUGCAUUAAAGGUAAUCGAGGACCUUGGGAUCAUGCAGAAUGUGAAGCGAUUCGCUGGGACCAGUGCCGGGGCAAUUACAGCGGCUUUAGUGGCUGUUGGUUACACGUCUAAAGAAGUAGAUGACUUCCUCAGUCAAGAUUUAAAUAACAUCUUGUUAGAUCAUAAAUGGGGAGUUCUUAGUUUGUUACCAAAUCUAAGAAAGGAUUAUGGCUGGAACCCUGGCAAUCGUUUCUCUAACUGGCUUGGAGGAGUCCUGGCGAAGGCUGCUGGAGACCCAGACGUCACCUUCGCACAAUUAUACAAGAAAAGAGGAGUAGAACUGUGUGUUGUCGUCACCAAUGUCAGCCGCAUGACUGAGGAAUAUUGUCAUCCCAAGACUACACCUCACAUGCCGAUUCGAACGGCAGUGCGCAUGUCAAUGUCCAUUCCAGUUUUAUUUCACGCAGUGAAAUACGACAAAGCCGGUGACGAGGAUGUGUUUGUGGAUGGUGGGAUCAUGUGUAAUUUUCCUAUACACUGCUACGAUGGUUGGUGGCUAUCAAUGGAACCUGGUGACACAUUUCUGGAGAGACUCAAACCUCUGGACAAAUUGCCAGGACUUCUAGCUCGGGAUGGGAGAUUUGAGGGCAGGAACUCUAAAACUUUAGGAUUUCUAGUGUACGAGGAUCUGGAGGAGGAUUUAUUCCGAUUCAGUAUGGAAAAGAGAUAUGGGAAACAGAUGGGAAAGAUUCCUAAAACCUCUCUAUCCAAGCGAAAACUGAAGAAGAAAGCGUUACAAAGCAUUGCGAAGAUAGAACACCAGAAAAUUAUGGAAGCUUUUACGGAAUUUUUCGAAAUUCUAAGGCGACAUGACCUCAACAAAAACGGAUGUAUCAGUAAAUCCGAACUGGAGGCAGCUUUCACUGAUCUAUCGGACGGAAUCAAGGAAACUUUGUUCGGUCCUGACAUUACGGCGGACAAGGCGUUCGAACUGUUGGAUAGCAGUAAAGACGGCGAGAUUCAGUUCCAAGAACUUAUGGAUUUCGCUCAGAGUAAUGGCGUUUACCUACUAGAACGCUACCUAGGUUACAGCAGACAGGAUAUUACCGACUUCCAAUCAUUCACGCAUGCGCUACAGAAUGCUUUACUCGUCAAUGGAAGCAGACGAUAUGUCGAGGAAAAGGACAUCGACCGGUCAGUUGGGAUAAAUACUGGACACGUUGGAGUGAUGGACUUCGGUAUGGAGGUAGCAGACAAGGACUUCACGGUGGAGCAAGGACAAAGAAGCAUGGUGGCAUUCCUGAAACACUAUGUUGAAACACAUGAUCUGCCAAAACACGAUAAAAGUGGGACGAAAGAUGAGAAGAACACACAAGGAAACGGAUUAAAUUCAAAUGAAACUGAAAACAAAGUCGUAGAAACUAACACGGAGAACACAGUGUCCAACACUGAGGACAGAACGUUAGAUAUUAACGAUGAAACCUCUAAAACUGAAACAGAAAAACAGCCGGAGGGAGUUCUUAAAGAAACGGAACCGGAAUCAGUAGAAAUAGUGAUAAGACAUGGCCAAGAGAAUACUACCGCGGACACAUCACUUACGGCUGAAUCACAGAGUUAAUUAUGUUACAGAUAUAUACUUAUAACAAAACAUUGUUGUACAUUGUUGUCCUUUUGUUACGAUUAGAAACAAAAAUAACUAAUUCCAUGUUUCAGUCCAGACUCUAAACAUAAUCCGGGUCAUGUCAGGGUUUCAGUUCUGUCUGCAAACUCGGAAUAUUGUCACGAGGGUAGGAAUUGAUCGUACAGUUCAGUGUUAGGGUUUACACAUUUAUACCGUUAAAAACUGUUCCUGUCUUUAAAAUGCAUUGUUAUGAUUGAAAUAUUUAUGUAUUAUUAUCUACAUGUUUAUCUCCACAUAAAUAUGUGGUUGAAAAUAUCAAACACUUACAUACAACAUAGUUGAUACUUUGUAGAAUCCCUUAAUAUAUUCAGAACGUCUGUCAUUUCUAAUCUUUUCUAAUAUAUUAUUAUCUAUAUAUCUUUUAUUACAAAUACUUUAUCUGAUUUUUUCUGUUAAUUGCUGCUAGAAAAUUAUUACUAUGACGAUGUUCAUUUUUUUCUAUUUCUCUUUUUAUUCAUAGAUUUUUUUAAUCUUUCCAAUUUGCUAAAGAAACAUGCGAAGUAAUGAAUUCCAAUAGUUGAUAUUUCAACAUGUCUUUCCGAAGACGGCCAUGUAGCUUUACCCACCGUACCAAGACCACAGCAGAGUUUAAUUUACCUGAUACUCAUACGAAACUUAAAAAUCACAAUAGACAGAAUUAAUUUUAUGACAUUUUUAUUUUUUAAAACCGUACUUUUGUUAUACCUGUUAUCAAUUUUUACACCUGCCAUUUUUUUUACCGCACAUCGUGUUCGCAGAAGUUUUACAUAUUGUGGUGUGAUUAUAUGCUAAAUAGUUAUUGUGUUCAGGGAUGCUUACGUGUGUCAUGCUGUAUUGAAUGAAUGUGUUUAUGUUCUGUUGAUAACCAAUGAGCAUGCGUGCAAUUUGAAAACAUUUUUGCAAAUAAAAUAUGUAUUAAUAUAGAAAAUACUCCUUUUACGUAACAACAAUUACAACAAGCUUAAUCUUUCGAUGACACUUGUUAGUUGUUAACAACCGUGUCUCGUUAGACCAGUCUCUGUGUUAAGUACGCUACCUGACUCGGUGGUAUGGAUGUUGUCAUUAAUUAUAACAUACGUGUAUUCUUGAGCUUACCUGUGAAAAUUGAAUUAACUGUACAUGCUUUGUGAUCUAUAUUGCUUAUAAAGCCAAACAAAUGAUUAA